UCGUGGUGGCCACCGCGGGCUUGCCUUGGUGGCCUGCGGUGGGGGUCCGGCCCGCGCGUCGCCGGGCGCGGCUUCCGCUGUCAUCACCGACCGGCAGGUCGCCGUCGCCCGAGUCGUCGGCGCGUAGCUGGGGGGCGGCUUCGUCUGGCGCAAAUAUCUCCGACGACGAGUGGCCCUGGAUUUCUUGAUUCUUGGCGGUUCCAUUUGGUGGCCAUUCGAGCCCGCGCUGUCAAUGGCACCCGUCGCCGUCGCGCUUCACUAUCCUUGGCACUCUCCUUCCGGCGAUUGGCCGCCUGGGGUUUCCCGGUUGCUUCGUGCCUUCUUGUAGCCCGUGCCGUCGCCGCCAAGCGCUUAUCGCCGUCGGCAGGACUGCCCGCGCGUACAUAUCCACUGGGCUGUGGCUUCUUUUGCAGUUCGUGAGGUAUUUCCAGCUUGGCUCCACAGUUACAUUCCCCUCCCCUCCUACUCCAAGUCCGGCGAAUUUUGCCGGCUCUCCGGGCCUGCCGGUUGCCACAGAGUCGGUGCAGUGGAUGCCAUUAGCGUCUUCUUUGUUCCACAGUGCAGUUGAGCAAUUGUUCAGACUUCAGACUUCAGAGUUCAGACCAAGCAAAUUGGCUUCAGACUUCAGUUCGUGAGGUGCUCUUUGCUGCGCUGUGGUGACCCGUCAGCAGUUGAGCAAUUGUUUCAGACUGAGCAAUUUGAAAUCGAGGCCCGAUGGAGGUGGUGACCGGAGCUAUGACCACCCUCCUGCCCACGCUCGCAGGCCUGCUCAAGGAGGAGUAUGACCUGCACAAGAACACCAGGGGUGAGAUCAGGUUCCUCAAAGCCGAGCUGGAGAGCAUGGAGACAGCCCUGCUCAAGAUUUCUGAGGCACCUUUGGAUCAGCAACCUGACGUCCAGGUCAAACUCUGGGCGAAGGAAGUCAGGGAGCUAUCUUAUGAAAUCGAGGACAGUGUCGAUAAAUUCCUGGUGCGUCUUGAUAGACGUGCACAAAAAAAUCCGCAUAGCUUCAUGGGCUUCAUCCAUAAGAGCAUCGAUCUGAUGACGAAGGCUAAAAUCCGCCACAAGAUGGGCACUGAGAUCAAAGACAUCAGGAGCCGUAUCAAGGAGGUCAGCGAGCGACGCGAUAGGUACAAGGUUGACAGUGUAGCUUCCAAGCCUGCUGCCGGGUCAACUAUUGAGAGCCUUCGCCUAUCAGCUCUAUACAAAGAGGCAACGGAGCUCAUUGGCACUGAAGAUAAGGAAAAUGACCUAGUUAAGAGGCUGACAGAGGGGGAUGCGGCAUCCAAGCAGCAACUGAAGAUAGUCUCUGUUGUCGGUUUUGGUGGCUUAGGAAAAACAACCCUCGCUAAUGUGGUGUAUCAGAAGCUUAAGUCGCAAUUCGACUGUGAGGCCUUUGUUUCCUUGUCUCUUAAUCCUAACAUGAAGAAUAUUUUAAGAGACAUGCUCCAUCAGCUUGAGAAGCACAACUAUAGUGGCAUGAGCAAACAGAUGUGGGGUGAAGCACAACUUGUGCGUGAGCUAAGAGAUUUUCUUCUAAACAAGAGGUACCUCAUUGUGAUUGAUGACAUAUGGAAGAGUUCUGCAUGGAAAACCAUCAAACAUGCUUUGAUUGAGAACAAAUGUGGAAGUAGAAUAAUCACAACAACUCGCAAUCUUGAUAUUGCCAAACAAAUUGGUGGUGUUUAUGUCCUAAAGCCACUUACUCUUGCACACUCAAGAAAAUUAUUCUGCAAAAGAAUAUUUGGUACUGAAGACAAAUGUCCUCCUAAUCAAUUAGCUGAAGUAUCACAUAACAUUAUAAAGAGAUGUGGUGGAGUACCAUUAGCUAUCAUGACGAUAGCUAGUAUGUUAGCCAGUAAAAAAGGAAAUGAUUGGUCCAAGGUGUACCAAGCUAUGGGUUCUGGGCUACAAGAUAGUCCUGAUGUGAAGGACAUGAGAAGGAUUUUAUCAGUCAGUUACUAUGAUCUACCUCCACAUCUAAAGACAUGUUUAUUGUCUAUAAGUUUUUACCCAGAGGAUUAUAAGAUUUUAGCUAGAGAUUUGAUAUGGCGGUGGAUUGGCGAAGGUUUUGUUCGGGAAGAACAUGGGAAGAGCUUGUAUGAAAUAGGAGAAGAUUAUUUCAGUGAGCUCAUUAACAAAAGCUUGAUCCAACCGGCGGAUAUCACUAAUGAUAAAGCGAGUGCUUGCCGUGUACAUGAUAUGGUGCUUGAUCUCAUCACUUCCUUGUCAAGGGAAGAGAAUUUCCUAACAUAUAUAGGUGGUCAGCAACCAGUAUCUGCACCAAGUAAGGUAUGUCGAUUAUCAGUCCAAAGCCUAAAUGAAGGCAAUGUCAAGCAGAUGGCAACCAUGAGUGUCUCCCAUUUGCGGUCACUCAGUGUGUUUGAGCAAGAUAUUAGUUUGUUACCAGCACUUUCAAGCUUUUCACUCAUGCGUGCAUUAGACUUAAGUUAUUGUUCAACUGUGGAUAAUCGUCAUGCUAAGGUUAUUUGCAAUAUGUUUCACUUGAGGCAUUUAUGGCUAUGCAAGACAAAUAUCACUCAGAUCCCGGACGAGAUUGGGAAUCUACAGUUCUUGCAAGUAUUGGACGUAAGUGAGACGAAAAUACAAGUGUUACCAGCACCAUUUGUUCAGCUAACACAACUAGUGUACCUUCAUAUUGGCAUAAGUACGAGCCUGCCAGAAGGAAUGGGGAAUUUGAAAUCCCUGCAAGAAUUGAAGGAUAUCUAUGUCACAUCCCCAUCCAUGCUGCAUGGUCUGAGCAAGCUGACGGAAUUGAGGAAUCUUUGUAUCAGGGUUUAUGAAUGGAACGAUGACUAUAAGGAACUUUUCCGGCGGUGUCUCUCCAACCUGGUCAAUCUCAAAACAAUUAAAAUAACCGGUGUCCACCGAAGCAUAGAUUACGGAGUUGACAAUUUGUCGUCUGAGCUACAACAGCUUCAAUGCAUCCAUCUGACUGAUAGCAUAAACUUCAAUAUGCCAAGAUGGAUAUCCUCACUCUCCAACCUUUCUACCCUUCUAAUCCAGCAUCUGGAAACACUCAGAGAAGAGGACCUUCAAGUGCUUGGCAACAUGCCAUCACUCCGCGAUCUUGAUAUAUGGGUGGUAAAAACAACAUAUCGCAGACAAAGGAUGGUGAUCAACAGCAGUUAUCCAUUCCAAUGUCUCGCAAGGCUCAAGAUCGGCAGUAGCAUCAUGGAGCUGAAGUUCGCACAAGGAGCCAUGCAGAGGCUAGAGACCCUUGAGGUUAUUUUAUCAGUGCAGCGGACAUGGGAUCAAUUCGGUGAUUUGGACUUUGGCCUGGAGAACCUUUCUUCGCUUAAACAGGUCUAUGUUGGGAGGUGGUAUGAUGUGUCGUGGUCCAAGCCAGAGCCGGAAGAGGCAGGGGAUGCAAUUUGGCAAGCCGUACACGUGAAUCCCAACAAGCCGACGCUCGAGUUUGUCAUGUUCAAGUUGUGAUGAUGAGUCAGAAAAUCAUUCUGGAAAAUCAUCCUCGUUAAUCUGCAGCGAUGUCUCCUGGUGAUUCUUCAGGAGCUACAGUUAUGACAUCAAAUAAAUGAUCUGUUGUGCAGAGGAUUCCUGCAAACUUCUUAUGCGAUCUGUAUCAUUAUAUUCACAGUUUCAUGCCAUGUAUCCAUUAUAUCCCUGGAUCAUAUUUUCCGUGAUGGUGUCCAUGACAGGAUGAAUGAACUGAGACCACAUCUUGUUUCUCUUCCUGAGGUUUGUUCUGAAUAUACAGGGGAGUAUUCACUUGCAAUCACGAGUCUUAAAUCUGCAAACAAUAUGAUGAACUGCUCGGAUCUAAUGCAGAAGCUAUUUUCUUCCAU